CUGUCUGUCAAGCCGAAACCGAAGAAGAGGAAGCAACAUUACUAGGCAUUUUUGAUUUGGAAUUGAGAAAAAAACAAAAGAAAACUCAACCGUAAUUGUGACAUUAGCAAAUUAAGAGUUCUGCAACAUGACCAACGCAACGGACAUCGGUACCCAUGACGUAGAGAUGGAGGUGGAUCCCACGGCCGAGACGCUAGCAGAUGAGAAGAAGAACCAAGAUGUGGCCGCAGUCCAGGAGAUUCGCGAGCAGAUUCGCCAGAUCGAGAAGGGAGUGGCCUCCAAGGAAUCGCGAUUUAUCCUGCGCGUGCUUCGGAAUUUGCCCAACACCCGUCGCAAAUUGAAUGGUGUCGUCUUCCGGAAUCUUGCCCAGAGUAUUUAUCCGGUUGGCGCGGAUCGUGAGGCCGCAGUGGCCUUAAUGCCCGCUGUUGAGAAGGAUGCCACCGAACUGCCUGAUGUGCCCAAAAAGCAAGUUGCCACCAAGGCGCCGAUUGCCGAAGUGGAUGCCUACUUUUAUCUUCUUUUGCUGGUCAAAUUGAUUGACGCCAGCGAUUUGAAGCGUGCUGGAACCUGCGCGGACGCCUUGAUGGCAAAAAUCUCCAUCCAGAACCGCCGCACCCUUGAUCUGAUUGGAGCCAAGUCCUACUUCUACUUCUCUCGCGUCGCCGAGUUGAAAAACUCAUUGGAGGGCAUCCGGGCCUUCCUUCACGCUCGUCUACGUACCGCCACGCUGCGUAACGAUUUUGAGGGCCAGGCUGUGCUUAUCAAUUGCCUCCUGCGCAACUAUUUGCAUUAUGCCCUGUACGAUCAGGCCGACAAGCUAGUGAAGAAGUCAGUGUACCCGGAAUCAGCCAGCAACAAUGAGUGGGCGCGCUUCCUUUACUAUUUGGGUCGCAUCAAGGCUGCCAAACUAGAGUACAGCGAUGCCCACAAGCAUCUGGUCCAGGCACUGCGAAAAUCUCCGCAGCAUGCGGCCAUCGGUUUCCGCCAGACGGUGCAAAAGCUGAUUAUCGUAGUUGAGCUCCUGCUGGGCAACAUUCCGGAACGUGUGGUGUUUCGGCAGGCAGGUCUGCGCCAAUCCCUGGGUGCCUAUUUCCAGCUCACGCAGGCCGUGCGUCUGGGCAAUCUUAAGAGGUUCGGAGACGUGGUCUCCCAAUACGGUCCCAAGUUCCAGCUGGAUCACACCUUUACGCUGAUCAUCAGGCUGCGCCACAAUGUGAUCAAGACGGCCAUCCGUUCCAUUGGACUGUCGUACUCGCGCAUCUCGCCGCAGGACAUUGCCAAGCGUUUAAUGCUUGACUCCGCCGAGGAUGCGGAGUUUAUCGUAUCGAAGGCCAUACGAGAUGGAGUGAUUGAAGCCACGCUAGACCCGGCACAAAACUACAUGCGCAGCAAGGAGAGCACCGAUAUCUACAGCACCAGGGAGCCGCAAUUAGCCUUCCACGAGCGCAUUUCGUUCUGCCUGAACCUGCACAACCAGAGCGUCAAGGCUAUGCGCUACCCACCAAAGUCCUAUGGCAAGGACCUGGAGAGUGCCGAGGAGAGGCGGGAACGGGAGCAACAGGACCUCGAGCUAGCCAAGGAGAUGGCCGAGGACGAUGAGGACGGUUUCUAAACGGCUGCUGCAGCAAACUAAUUUGUACUUGCAUUCAUUUUUCAUAGAAACGUAAUCCGCAAUUAAAUAAGAUACAAAAUUAAAAGAAAAAUUACCCAGAGAGAAAAGGUUUUGAAAAAUA